AUGGAAUUAAACGCAAGUAUCACUUUUUCUUACGGUGACAAUUACGAAUACCCUAACUCAACGGCCUGGUUCGCUAUAGUGCCACUGAUUGUCUCUGUAAUAUGCGUUGUGACUGUCGUCGGCAACAUUAUGGUGAUUGUUGCGUACUUUCGAGAUCAGAACAUCCGGGCCAGGGUGGCCAACCUUCUUAUCCUGAACCUUGCAAUCACGGACCUGACGGUGGGCGCCCUCUUGUGGCCCUUCAACCUCACAUGGCUCAUCAAAGACUACUGGCCGUUCGGUGAGGUCUUUUGUAAGAUAUCGUUGGUCGUUUCCCGCACGGUGACAAUGAUGUCUGUUCUAACCAUGGUCUUGAUCAGCUGGGACCGGUACUGUCUCGUGACCAUGGGAAUGCAGUAUCAGACGUUUCAGACGAAGAAGCGAAUCGGGCUAAUCAUCUGCAUUACUUGGGCAGUGGUAUUUGUUUGGUACACACUAAUGACGUUUGCGUGGAGUCCUAUAACCGGACAGUACAAGUUGGAUUAUGAGAAGGAUUGUGGAAGCGAAUUUAGGUCCAGUCUUGCUAUGAUACUGAUCUUGAACGUGAUAGAUUUCUUCAUUCCUCUCACAAUCAUCGUCGUCUUGAAUGUUGCUGUCUAUACCAACAUUAAACGGAGAUCCAAGGGUAUCGUAGGGCAGAGUCCUGCGGACGGAUUACCUACUCGAGCCACGACGCAAGCUAACGACGGGGAAUCCCUACGCCAAGACAUGUGCAAACCCUCAGCAGGGCCAUGUUUUAAGGACCAAGGUACUCUGGCCGAUUCAUCUAACACUUCUGCAAAUGCUUACACUGAGCCUACCGAGGCCCUGCCGAACGAAAACGUGUCCAAAAAUGCUCCACAAGCCAACGGGUCGGGCUCAAAGGAACGUACAUUUGCCAGACAUCGGAAAGCCGCUGUGGUCAUUGGCAUCCUUGUGGGAUGUUUCCUGGUCUGCUUGCUGCCUGUACAAUCAUUAUUAUUAAUUCUUUUAUUGCAAAAAAGGCACUUCGAAUUAAAAACAACAUCGAGAUUGAUUGAUCUUCAUGACUGUCUCAUCGUCGUAUUUGGUCUCCGUGUCUCGUGA